GAGAACAUUUCGGCGUGUGCCGACUAUUUUCAUCCAUUACUCCGUAUUUCGUCCCCCCCUCCCUUCCCCCCGGCCCCCGAUCGCAUCGACAUGGCGGAUUAUUGGGUAACGCGAUACACACGAAAAGACGCUUCACUAUUUUACGCGAAUUUCCGCGAGAUUCUAGCUCCCUUCUUUUUUCUCGAGAUGUGAUUUUUAAGAUGUUUCUUUUUCGCGCUUUCGUGUUCGUCGAUCGAUGAUCCACGGACAGUGUUGUUAGGUAUCAAGAACAAAUCGGCCUGCUCCAGAGAUUUUAUAGAAUGACAAUGAUGCAGCUAACUUAACAUAUUGUUCAUCAUCAUUGAUGACUGCUACUGGUGGCUCAAUCAUCUUUGUUCUCAAUCACCUCUUAUCUCUUGUCAUAUAUUUCAUCUAAGAGAGAGAAAGAGAGAGAGAGAGAGAGAGAGAACAAAAGACAGAGCAAAGAAGAAAGAAGUCAAGUAGAGUCUAAAAGAUACAUCGAACGAGCUGUCGAAAAUGAGCGUCAUAAUCAGGCUGCAAAAUCUGGCGUGGUCCGCCAACGCAUUGGACAUACGCCAGUUUUUCAGAGGUCUCAGCAUCCCGGAAGGAGGCGUCCAUAUUGUCGGCGGCGAAUUGGGAGAUGCGUUCAUCGCAUUCAGCACCGACGAGGACGCCCGUCAAGCGAUGAUGCACGAUGGCGGCAAGAUCAAGGAGAUGAAGAUCAAGCUGCUGUUGAGCUCGCGCACGGAAAUGCAAAAAGUGAUCGAAAACGCGCGACAGCAGACCUUGAGCUUGCAAUGCAUCAUGCAAACAGCGCCCGUAGCGGUACCGGCCGUGGUUCCUGGCAAGCAGCCCGGUUCGCCGACUGAGAACAACAGGAGGGACAAGGACAACGACAGCGAGUCCAGCAAUAAAGACCGCAAGGAUAGGCGCGAUCGCUCAAGAUCACGGGAUCGUUCCCGAUCGCGCGAUCGUGAUCGCGAUCGCGACCGUCGUGACCGGGAUCGCGGCAGAGAUCGACGACGGCGGGAUCGCAGCAGGUCGCGUGAUCGGGAACGUGACAGACGUGAUCGGCGGCGUCGUAGGGAUCGGUCGAGAUCGCGCGAUCGCACACGGUCGCGCGACCGCGACUCGAAGAGAGGUUCCACGAACGAUCGCCGCAAAGACGUCAACGAGGACGACAACAACGAUGUCGUCUGCGUAGGUCAGUUUCACAAGGAUAAAGCGUCGGCCGCGUCGAAGAAGCCGUUGGAAAACGGCGUCUGGGAGGUCCCACCUCAGACGCAGAUGCAAGCCGCACUGUUGGCGCCCGGUAUUUUAGGCGCCGGGGUCGCUGCUCUGUCGCAAGAUUCCGAGACUCAGCGCUCGGCUAUUGCCGGUUUCGGUACGUCCGUCAUAGGGCAGCAGCCGAUGCUGCAAUCGGGACAAUUCUCCAUAAACGGUCUCAACGGCGUCGGGAAUCUGAUGCAACCGCACGUGCAGGCGCUCGGCCACACGGUAGGAAUGACGUCGUUAACGCAAAAUCUAAGCACCGCCAAUCUACCGAGUUUGAGUAGUCUGGGAACUCGCUCGAAGGAGCCCUGGAGUCAGAACGAGCAAAGCAGACUGGAUCAGGCUGGACGAUUCUCCAGCCGAUCGAAUCAGUUCAACAAUCAGGAUUACAGCACGAGCAGCAGUUAUCGUGGCAACAGACCGAAUAAUAACUUCUUGAGUAAAAUGCAGGAACUCGAGGGUCGACGUAAUCCGCAUGCGUUUCAGGCCGGCGCCAACUUCGGAAACUACGAGAAUGAUCGCCAAUCGUCCGGCAGGAAGUCCGGCAGUUCGAGAUUCUCCGACAGCAAGAACAACGGCAGCAGCAGCGGUCAUUGCGUGGAAGUACGUAACAUGCCGUUGAGUGCGUCGUAUGCGGAUAUACGUCACGCAUUCCAGGGUAUCUAUAUCAGGAAGGACGGUAUGAAGCUAAUCAACGACACCCAUGGUAAUCGCGUAGGUAUUGCUUAUGUUAAGUUCGGCAAGGCCGAAGGUAAGGAACAAGCUUUAAGCGGAACAAGAUACGUGCGAGGUUCCGAGGUAGAGGUACUUCACUUGGACGAAAGUAUCUUCGACAAGGCAGUGAACUCUUAUUCACCUGACAAGGAGGACGACGGCGACGUGAGAAAUUCCAUGUGUAUCCUCUUGACCGAACUACCAUCCUUCACCAAAGAGAUGGAUAUAGCUAAACUAUUCCACGACUGGAAGAUCAACGAUCUCUUCAUCACGAAUACCAAGGAGUCCGGCACCACCCAGUACAUGGCUUACGUUCAGUUCGCGCGACUCGAGGAUGCCAAAUCGUCCUUGACCACGACACUGAAGAUCGGCAGCAAACAGGUGACCGCGACCGCGAUCAGCGAGGAGAAGUUUGCACAGGCAAAGCGCGAACACGAGCAACUGACCCUGAAUCAAACGGAUUGUAUCUUCAUGCGCGGUUUACCCUUUCAGACAAUCGACCGCGACAUCUUUGACUUCUUCUCAGACAUCGGUAUCGUGCCGCUCUACAUCCAUAUGAUGCUAAAUCAACAGGGCAAACCAUCCGGAGAGUGUUACUGCGAAUUCGACUCGGCCGAGAAGGCGGAACGCGCCAUUGCUAAGAACGGUCUGCCGCUCGGCAAGAACGUACCCACCAUCGAGCUAGUACCUCGCGCCAAGAUGCUGGAAACCCUCGGCAAUAUGCCGGAAGUGCAGCAGCAGACGCAACAGCACUUCCCGCCGAUAGAGCAGCACCAGAGACCGCCACGCUUCUCGGCCGGUCCGUUGGGCCACAUGCCGCGAUUCGGCAAUACUGGUUUUGGGCCCCGCUGCCCACCCGGCUUGAUGAUGCCGCGACACAUGCUGGGCCGUCACCCGCCGUCCAUCGACUACGUAGACGGAGCUAUGGGCUUCGGCAAACCCGGUUGCGUACUGUCCCUGGAAAAUGUGCCGUUCAAAGCGGACAUUAAUGAGAUUAUCGAGUUCUUUGGUGACUUUGAUAUUAAACGGGAGAACGUAAUUCGUCGUUACAACGACAGGGGAAUGCCGACCGGAGACGCACGAGUCGCCUUUUCGUCGCCUAGCGAAGCUCAACGCGCACUCAAGGAACUCAAGCAUUGCAAGAUGCGAGAGCGCACGAUAUACAUGAAGUUGGCGUGAGUUCCGCCGCUUCGUCGCGCGAAGACUGACGCUGAGACGUGAAAGGACACCAUCGUUGGACCAUGUUUCAGGUGGGAGUUCGAAAUACAAGGACAAUUGCAAUAUUUAAUAUCGGAAGACGUGUAUCUUCGGUGAAUUAAUGUAAGAGUUUGGUGAAUUAUUGUAAAGUUUUAUACGAGAAUCCUCACCAAUAAGCGCCACAAAGGGAUAAAGGACGCUUUGACAGUUGGAAACGUCUUCUUCUUCUGUAAAAAAACUACUUCCCUUUUAUUAUAUAAAGGCGCGAGACUCCUUAGCGCGUCCAUAAUUUUUAUCUUUGUGUACAUAGAACGCAUAGGUUUAAAAACGAUUCAUUUUCUUCGCUCAAUCACAUUCUGAUUUGCGAAGUGACCACAUCCAAACUGAAUUUGUCCAGCGUUAUUGAAGAUGCUCAAUGGGCAAAUUUUAUUUUCUGUGCGUUAAGGACUGAGGUAGUAUUUAAGUGACGAUUGGAAAAACGCGCUCGUCGCUGAUGAUUCCUUGAACUACAUUAAGAACGUAGACUAAUUGUAGGAUUUCUCAUCAGAGAAUAAGUUUUUCUUUUUUUCUUUUUUUUUCUUUUAUAAAAUUCAUCUUGUAAAAAUUCUUUAAUUAUUUUUUACAGAUCGGCACUUUUUAUUCUAGAAUUUUAGUAAAAAGGCUGAAUUUACAAAAAAAAUACAAUACACAUAUAAAAGAUUACAUAUUUUUUUAUUAUUAUUAUUAUUAUUAAUAUUACUAUUUUCAAUACUAUUGCAAUACCAAAAAAUAAUGUUUUAGUUAUGCGAAUGGCGGAAGCAGAGUACAAAGUUAGUGGUUUAACCAGUUACGUUUGCUUUACGUUUCGUGUAAAAACAUUUGGACGAGCGCGAGUCAAGUAUAGCAGGCCGUGCAACGUAUUUUCUAUACAAGAAUGAGAGUAUAUGUACAUUACAUGCAUUACAUAUCUUAUGUAAUAUAUGUAAUAUAUGUAUAUAUUUAUACUUUACUCGAUAGGUAAAAUAUAUGUAUAUUACAUAUAUUAAAUGUACAUAGACAGAGAGAUUAUGCGUACGUCAUAAUCUUAGUGCAACUAUAAGUGUCUACUGUGCGUGGACUUGUAAAAUAAUUUAUAAAAACGAAUGAGAAAAAAAUAAAAAUUUAUAGAUACAUACGAUAUUCACAGGCAUUGUCAUAAGUUUGUGUUACACGAUAAUGAACACUUCAAUAAAUUUUUAUCUAAACUUUUGCCUUUUUGCCCACCAAAGAAAUAUCUAAAACAUUAGCAUUAAAGCGCGAUAAGUUUAAAAUUAAAUAUAUUCAAAAUAUCUAUUUUUCUAAGCAAAUGUAAUAAUUUGCAAAAAAAUUUGCAAGCUUUUAAAUCUCUUGGAAUAUAGAUUUCGAAGAUCGAAAUAAGAGAAAGCUGUUCUCUUUCUCUGUCGAUUUAUAUAAAAAAUCAAUCGUACUGAUUAGAAUGUAUUCAAUCAACUGCAAUACAACCAUAUGCUGGUGUCGAUGACAAAUUUCCUGGCAAAUUGCUGGUAGGGUCGCACCGUCCUACGGGACGGUUCCGUGACGAAAGAGUGCUGCAUCGAAUCGGUGCUGCCUAAAUAUUGAGUCACGAGCUAUUUCUGUAGCCGCGCCUCAGCCACAAGUCCGUGACACGUCGAACAGCAGUAGCGCAUUUCAACUUGUGACGAAUGGGACCCUUCCCUCCGCAUAUAUUACACUAAAUUAGUUAUAAAAAUAAGAAAUGUAAAAUAUUUUAAUUGAGAAUAAAUUACACUCUCAUAUGUAA